AGUCGCCUUGGCUCUCGCGAUAUUUCCGGGCAAACGGGAACCCGAGCGACCCGGGCUUCUGUGAAACAUGGCGGUCGGCUGGGACCGACAUACAAGAAUGACUAUAUGAAAGGAGAAGGUUUUCCUGAAGAUGAGGCGACUGAAUCGAAAAAAAACCUUAAGUUUGGUGAAAGAGUUGGAUGCCUUUCCAAAGGUUCCUGAGAGCUAUGUAGAGACUUCAGCUAGUGGGGGGACAGUUUCUCUAAUAGCAUUUACCACUAUGGCUUUAUUAACCAUAAUGGAAUUUUCAGUAUAUCAGGAUACAUGGAUGAAGUAUGAAUAUGAAGUAGACAAGGAUUUUUCUAGCAAAUUGAGAAUCAAUAUAGAUAUUACUGUUGCCAUGAAGUGUCAGUAUAUUGGAGCAGAUGUAUUGGAUUUAGCAGAAACAAUGGUUGCAUCUGCAGAUGGUCUAGUUUAUGAACCAGUAAUGUUUGAUCUUUCUCCACAGCAAAAAGAGUGGCAGAGGAUGCUGCAGCUGAUUCAGAGUAGACUGCAAGAAGAACAUUCACUUCAAGAUGUGCUAUUUAAAAGUGCUAUUAAAAGUCCAAUUCCCCUUCCAUCAAGGGAAGAUGAUUUAUCACAGCCUCCCGAUGCUUGCAGAAUUCAUGGUCAUCUAUAUGUCAAUAAAGUAGCGGGGAAUUUUCACAUAACUGUGGGCAAGGCAAUUCCACAUCCCCGAGGUCAUGCACAUUUGGCAGCACUUGUCAACCAUGACUCAUACAACUUUUCUCACAGAAUAGAUCAUUUGUCUUUUGGAGAGCUUGUUCCAGGAAUUAUUAAUCCUUUAGAUGGAACGGAAAAAAUUGCUAUAGAUUACAACCAGAUGUUCCAAUAUUUUAUUACAGUUGUGCCAACAAAACUGCAUACAUACAAAAUUUCAGCAGACACCCAUCAGUUUUCUGUGACAGAAAGGGAACGUGUCAUUAAUCAUGCUGCAGGCAGCCAUGGAUUCUCUGGGAUAUUUAUGAAAUAUGAUCUCAGUUCUCUUAUGGUGACAGUUACUGAAGAGCAUAUGCCAUUCUGGCAGUUUUUUGUAAGACUCUGUGGUAUCAUUGGAGGAAUCUUUUCAACAACAGGCAUGUUACAUGGAAUUGGAAAAUUUAUAGUUGAAAUAAUUUGCUGUCGUUUCAGACUUGGAUCCUAUAAACCCGUCAAUUCUGUUCCCUUUGAGGAUGGCCACACAGACAACCACUUACCUCUUUUAGAAAAUAGUACACAUUAGCACCUCCUAGGUGAAGGAGAAAAACUUUUUGCCUGAGACAUCAAACCUUUUUUAAUAAUAAAAUAUUGUGCAAUAUAUUCAAAAGAAAAAAAAAACAUGAAUGAAAAGCAGGAAUCAUACCUAGAAAAAAAAGAAAAAACCCAAACUGAAAUCCUAUAUAUGUUGUGUCUGUUACAAAUGUCUUAGAAGAAAUUAUGCAGCUAAUCAGUGAAUAAGUCCAACUGGAAUAGUGCUUCGAAGAUGACCCCUUCUGAUAUUUUCACAGCAAAUGGGCAGUGUCGAAAUCGGACCUUGAAGAGGCUGAAGGAAAGAGGUCAAACCACAUCUAAAGAAAAAGGCAUUAAUAGUGCUAAUGUCUGCGUCCUUUUGUUUUUAAAAUAUGAUGUCAGAAUAAAAUAUGGAAAACUAGUCUAAACUUUAAAAAGUUGUGAUCAGGUCACCUUGUUAAUAAAGGUAAACAGGGAUGGGUUCACAUGCCAUAGCCAUAUUAACGUUAAGCCAUAAUGACAAGACCAUUUAUCCCAUAGUUUGGUCUUUUGAAGGUAACUGCUUUUCUUUAACCUCUGGCUAUUGACUUUUUUAACUAUUCAAGGCAGGUGAAUUCAAAGACCAAGGUGAAUUCUUACAGGGGCAGAUACAUAGGUGCUAUAAUAUGUAACUGGAAUCAUUCACAAAUUGGAUGGUGGGCACUAAUACAGGGAAAAGAAAGCACAUGUUUUUAAAAGAUGCUAAAUUUUCUAAUCUGAUCAUAUUGUUGGUAUACUGUGGGAGCAGGGGGUGAGUAAUAAAAAGAUACACUACUGAUAAUGAAAAUUAUCAGUUUGUAAAAUAUUAAGAAAAGUAGAAUAUUUUAUACAUGCUGUGGUGAGUAGGUGACAGGGUAACUUUAAAUAAAAUAAAAGUGUGAGGCAGCUAUUUAAGUAAAACAAGAUGUCAUAUCUGAGAGGUUAUCAUUAAAUGAUUUCCGUUAAACUAUUAAACUGGAUGAAAGAGGUAUUUGCAUUCAGAAUGUUCUGAAUGUGGUUGAUUCUGUAUUAGAUUGUGUUGUUCUGUCUUUCUUACUAUUUAAGACUUGAUUUAAAAUUUUCAGACUAUAAAAGAUUAAAAAUGAGAGGGAGAUAUCAUUCAGGUACCAUUAAAAACUUAUUUGGAAUA